AUGGCCGACAGCACUAUACCCUCACCUGCUCAGCUGGCUCUAGCACUGGCUAUCGUGAAGCAGAAACCAAUUGAGACUACAAUGAAGGAUUACUUCACCCAUAUCCGACAGUUCAUCAAAUCAGUCCCGCCGACAGAUCGACCGACAAACCGAGACCAAUACUUCGACAGCGUCGCCUUCUGGCAGAAGGCCUACGAACGAUCCGAAGCCGAACAAAGCAAGCUCCUUGACCGCAUAUACGAGCUGGAACAACGCAACGAAGUGCUUAGCGCGAAGCUGCAGGGCCCGAAUGCUGCUAAGAACGAUAUUGCUAACGAGGCCAUGAAGCGUAAGGCUACGUUGGAUGAUAAUGCGGCUGGAUCGGCUGGAUCAAGGAAGAAAAGCAAGAUGCAGACGCAGUCACAGGGCAGGACUACCAACUUGACUGACUAUAUCUCAGGUGGGCUUGGUGAUCAUCUACCUGAGUAUGUGGAAGAGCCCACAGCGUCGUUCAUGAGAAGAUUCUAUACCUUGCAAAAAGCUUCACAGCGAUGUACAAACAUUUCGGCUGUGGUGCUUGCUGCUGCUGAGCUAUGCUCCAUCGCGAUCGAGGAUAUAGUUCGGGCGGUCCAGCAGCAAUCUGAGCUUUGGUCUGAAGGAAAGGAUGCGCCUCCAGUCCAAAGACCAAGUAUAGCGGUGAUCCUAAAAAGUAUAUACUGCGCCUAUGGAUUACUACUCAAAGCAUUGAAGAAGAUACCUGUGAAUGAGUCAACAUUGCAAGGUCGUGGACAGAUCACUUUCCACAUCGUGCGGCUAUACGAGACAGUAAUCCAAGCUCUGGGCAGCUAUUGCCAGGACAGAGUCCAGCAUCAAAUGUCAACUGGAGUUUCAGCGAGCAAAGCCAAGCCAGCUGCGAGAAAAGAUACAAGUACGGAAGAUGAGGUCGCCGCACACUUGAGUCUACUAAUCAGUAACAUGACUUCCUCACUGGACAGAGGUUGCACAAAGACCUCAGAUCUACGGGAUGGAUUCAGCUUCGUGUUGCUGAAUCGUGUCGGCCAGUUACUCUGCUUAUUUGUCUUCAAGGACCUUCACCAGCGAUCCGAUCUCCAUGUAGAUCCUGCUAGUCUGUCGCUUCCGCCUGGCCUCAAGGAUAUGCAGCUCGGUGGGGCAUCGAUCCUCGCUGCUGGGUUGGAGGCCAAACAUCUUAUACCACCCUUGGAGAGAUUGGUGGUCAUAGUGGAUCCACCCUUAUCAUCCACAAGACCCGACAGCGACUUGGGACAUGCAGCAGGGAUCAGAGAGACUUUGCAAAAUACUCUUCUACAAGCAGUAUUCGGCGGGAGCUCCAUUGUUGGGGAAGCUUUACGCCCGCUCCGGCAUAAUACUGAAGAUGAUGCUUUGAACAGCAUUCUCAACAGGGUGAAAGUUCCUGAGCCUUCAGCACCAGAAUGGUUUGUUCAAGAGGUUUGGAGUCUUCUCGGCUGGAACCUCGUCGUCGGAAGAUAG